UGGCCGCUGUAGUUUACGAGAGCGGGUUACGCGUAUGACGUUUUUCCGCGGGCUGUUUCUGACGUACGGCAUGUAAAAGACGCGCGGGUCGAGCGAUCGUGGAAAAAGCGUGAUGUGAACGGCAAGCGGAGGCUUGAACGGUGUUAUCCGUGGCCGGCGAUGGACGCUGAGAAGGCUAGUGCGGUGAUGAAAUCGGUGUCGGAGGGUGAGCUGGGCGUGGAAGAGGUUAAAUUAUCAGAAUCGAGAACACGAGAUUCCGCAUCGCGUUUAAAACGCACGUUCACAUUACCGAGGAAUCCAUUUCAAAGUGCCAGCAGCAGGAUGUCGCGACGACGUCCCAAGCAGAAUCGCGAGUCGAAAGACGGCGGCAGCGCGGCCACCACUAAAGACAGAAACAAUAUGCAGCAACAUCAACAGCAAGUGGAAAGCAUGCAGCAGAAUAUAGGCCGAUUACACAGCAGUCAAAGCUACCCGGAGAGACCAGGUGUUAAGAAAGUAUUCCGUAGACCGUCCUGGAAGAAGUUCAUCAACAAGAUGGUACAGCACAUGUCGAACGUGGGCACGCAGAAUCAUAAAACUUCUCACAGGGACGAUCUUGGGUCCAGUGCUGGUGAUAUUAGGGUGCCUCCACCUAGGCCGGCUCAUAUACCGCCUGACAGAGUACCUGGGGUUAUAGGUUUACGCAAUCACGGUAACACGUGUUUCAUGAACGCCGUGUUGCAGUGUCUGUCGCAUACGGACAUACUCGCGGAAUACUUUGUGCUGGACCAGUACAAGGUCGAUCUGUCUAGAAGGAAUAAAUUGAACUCGAAAAAAUAUGGGACUAAGGGGGAGAUCACGGAACAGUUGGCCCUUCUGUUGAAGGCCAUCUGGAGCUGCCAAUAUGACCCAGAGAUCGACAAAUACGGAAGUCAGUAUCGCGGGAACUUGCAGCAUGACGCUCAGGAAUUCUUACUGUGGCUGUUGGACAAAGUGCACGAGGACUUGAAUCAAGCUACCAAAAAGAAGUAUAAAAUCAUCAAGAAUUCCUUCGGUAGACCGGAUGACAUCGUCGCGGCGGAAACCUUGGCGAAUCAUGUCCGCUGCAACAAUUCGUUCGUGCACGCGGUGUUCCAAGCCCAGUUUCGGUCUAGUCUCACAUGUCCAAGAUGUCACCGGCAGUCGAACACUUUCGACCCUUUCCUCUGCGUGUCAGUUCCUGUCCCGCAGAAUCACCGGCAGAUGAACUUUUUCGUGAACGUCCUUUACACGUCGCAGCAGCCGCGACAAGUGAAGAUAGGCGUAAGCGUGAACCAGACGUCCAACGUAAGAGAACUCAGAGAGAUCCUGGCCAGUGAUACUGGGAUCGACGAGAAUCAUAUGUUACUCACAGAAAUUCACGACGAAGGAUUUCACAGAACUUUCUCAGAUUGCCAACCCUUAUCUGUGAUCACGGAAAACGAUCCACUCUAUUGUAUAGAACUGCCACAGUUAAAAGAACCCACGGAACAAGCAUAUAUUUUGCUGGUAUGGAUCAAUGUUCUUGUGAAAGGAGACUUAAGGCAACGUUUUGGCAGUCCAUACACUAUGCAGGUGUCCCGAGAAACGUCGUACGAAGAUCUACAAAAGCUUCUGUUAAAAGAAAUGCACAGUGUCCUGACCGAUGACGUGCUCACGUCAAGUCAAAGUCCUGGACUGUUUAACAUCCGUGUGGCAGAUCCUGCAGCUACACCAAUUCAAGAUGAGCAUCCUUGUAUAGAUCCUUGUGUAGAACAUCCACUUUACACAGAGCAAAUUGAGCAAGCUCUGGCUCUCUGUGCUGAUGACUCUGGUCCUCAGCAUGUGAAAUUAAUUCUGGAGUGGGACGAAGCCGCUAAGUGUAAUAUCAUUCAGGAUGAUAGCGAUCAAAUAGAAGAGCACGCCAGUGUGAAGCAAUUGAAGACUAAUUCGGAACUGGGAGGAGCUGUUACUUUGGAAGAAUGUUUUGAUCUGUAUACGAGGGCCGAGAUAUUAGGAGCUGAAGACGCGUGGCAUUGUCCAUAUUGUAAUAAGAAACAAGAAGUUGUAAAGAAGUUAGGCCUUUGGUCUUUGCCUGAUAUCUUGGUCAUUCACUUGAAGAGAUUUCGACAGCAAUCUAAACAAAGAUCUACGUCGAAAUUGACCAUGUUGGUUGAUUUUCCUUUAUACGGUUUCGAUAUGACUCCCCAUCUAGCUCAUAAUGGAGUUCAGACGCAUAACAACGUCAGUAGUUUAGGUGGGCUGGGUUGGUCACCAUGGAAAAAGCCCAGACCGCGUCAACAAAACAUCCCAAAGUACGACGAAAAUGUAUAUGACCUUUACGCGAUUUGUAACCAUCACGGGCAAGAUUUGCAAGGAGGUCAUUAUACCGCGUUCUGUCGAAACCCAUACGAUACUCAAUGGUAUUGUUUCGACGAUACUAGAGUAGAAGCCGUGAAUGACACCAAUCGGGUCUCGAAGAUGCCACCAUUUUAUUUUAACAACAAGACUAACAACAAUGUUACGAAUAAUAAUCAGAGUAAAUCGCAGGAAGUGUUGUGUCAAGAUAAAAUCGUAGAGGAGAAGAACAUUACAAAUUUCAAUAGGGGAUGUCGUAAUUACGCUACGUUACAACCGAAGAAAAGAAAUGUUGCGACAGAAACGGACAUCGGACAAAUUGACCAUUACUCGGACGAUGAAGCACCUUGUAGAAGAGAAUGGGCCUCUCCAAAACCUGUACGAAAAAUGUCGUCCAUUACGUUAACCCCACACAUACCACAGUCCAACGACACAACGAUAAUCCACGAGUCGACGUUGUAACACACAAUUUAAGCCAGACUUUUGAUCUGGUUCGAGCAAUGCUCAAUGUAUAGUGCCUGAAAUAUGGUGUGUGAACA